UAUAUAAUACAGUUUAUUUAUUUUUUUACCACAGAAUCUAAUGUUGAAUUGUUAUGGUGACAUUGUAGUAUUUAAUUUUUAUUACAGUAUUUAAGUAUACAAAAACCGAUUGGUAUUUACGUAAUGUGUAUCCUGAAAUAUUCUCUUGAGAAAGAAUAUUGUAUAUCAAAAACUACAAUAACAUACAUAUAUCAGAUCUAUUAGACUAUUAUAAAAGACAAUAAAUAAUACAAUGUCACCAUAACAAUCCAAUUUAUUAGAUUCUGAGGUCAAAAAUGAACUGGUAUUUGCAUAAUUAGCUAGUCUCCCUGACUUGUUAAAUGCCUUCUAUACUUUCCCUCCCUGCCUCAAAACGCACCCAGUCUGUAGCGUCUCGGUUUGUAUCCAGUCUAAGGUGAAACCACACCAUCGUCACUACCCCGUUUUUAUUGGGGCGUUUCUCUUCAGGAAUACGGGUAGGGAAAAAAAUGACGCAAACCAGUGUUCUGCCACUUUUUGCUUCCUUCGGGAACUGCGCAUGCUCUUUUGCUACAUUUGUACACUGCGCAUGCUCAACACAUCUACUAUGCCAGAAAUAACUACGCAACCCAACCAAGAGACGAAAAAGAUUUAGAAGAAUGGAGCAGAAGGUUGAAGCUGUUUAUAACUACCUGCAAAAAAAAGAUUACCCAAAUCAUUUUACGAAAUAUCAACGGCAAAAUCUCAGGCGUCUCGCUUCCAGUUAUUCUUUAGAAGAAAACACGUUAUACCAUUAUACCAAGGGUGUGAAACAGAGGGUGGUGAGAACCGUCUCCGAGGCCUUAGAUUUAUUCAGAGAAUUCCACGACUCUGCUGCUGGAGGCCACAGUGGAAUUAAAAAAACAAGACAUGCUUUCACAUCAAGAUUUUACUGGCCAGGAAUGUCAAAAGACAUUGAAGACUGGAUUUCAAAGUGCGAUAAAUGCCAGAAAGUGGGGAAGUUACUCCACGUUGAUACCCAGUUACAGAAUGUCAAGAGCCCCCUUUGGGGCAUUGGGCCCGUCCUCCCUGUCCUCUCAGUGGGCCUGGCUGUGGACACAGGUUUGUUACAGCAGAGAAUAUCAUCACCCAAAAGUAAAGAAAUAGAAGCAGAGGCAGCAGCAAUGUCACGGGUAGUUAUAAAACAAGAAACAGCACCCCUGUCACCAGGUCCAGUCACAGCAAUUCCCCCAGGAACGGCAGAGCUGUCGCUCGAGGAGCCCAGCACAUCGGAAGACACUGCAGUGAGGUGUUUUACUGGAAGAACAGAUGGAAGCAGAGAGAUUCAGUUCCUAAGCAAUAUAGAACAAGACGAAACAAUUAACAGGGGGAUUACAGACCCUCAGUCACCUCCUGCAUACUGGUACAAGAGAAACCCCAAAACCCCACCGCAUUCCUGGGUAAAUGAGCCCAACCAGGGUCAACCAAAUCCAGAGAGCUAUAGGAUGAGUCAUCAAGCUCACCCAGUCACCGAGGAGCAGCGUUUGUCGACGCCUCUGGUGUCCGGGAUUGACGUUCUGGAAGGCCAGCAAAGGCAGCUGCAAGAGAUCCAGGCUGUGAGGGCCGAACUAGGCCAGCUGCGAAGCGUUGUCGAUGAUCGACUGAAGGAGCUGACCUCCAGUGUCUUGGAAGUGGCUAAUGUAUUACGCCAGCUCAUUCCCACCACUGCCCAGCAGGCUUGCCCAGCACAGAAAGGGGAACCCCCAUGUGUGCGUUGCUUUCUUGACAGGGGGGUGCCUCCUGAGCAGCAGGGAUGGGUCCGAGUGUCUUUCCCAGGCACAGAGGAGACAUCUGCCCAGGGAAAUGGAGAGAGAGCAAGAAUCGCCACCACUCUACCAGUACCAGAAAUUAACAGGUUUACUGGAUCGUCUUCUAAGAAAAUUAAAAGAGAAACUUAAAUAUCGUUUCAGAAUUGAGCCUACCCUAACCUUUUUAUGUAUUUAUUUUUGUUUGUUUGUUUUUAUGUAUUGUUUUCAUGACCCUGAAACUCAGUAUAUAAUGUAAUAUAUAUUUUAUGAUUUAUUCAAAACGGAUAUUUAUGUUUUUAAAAGACAACUUUACAAAAGUUUAUUGAAGCAGUAUACUUUUAUGGUUUUUCCUGUAUUAUAGUGAUAUGUCUUUUGUUGUAGAAUGUAAUGUUGUACAUUUAAAUACAUAACCUUUGUAAGUUAUUGUUGAAUAGAAUGACUAUCUCUUAAUUUCCCUUAAGAUUUUGUCUGCGUCAGUGGGGUUGAUUUUGUUAAUUGAAUGAAUUAUUUUGGCCCUGAUGAAUGUAAAAUGAAACAAGUUACUGGGUGUAACAGAAGUGUUGUGUAGCCUACAAUGUGCCAGAUAUUUCAAUUAGAAAUAUCGCUAGUGUCUCUCCUUUCAUAAGCAUUGUUCCUAAAAUAAAAAAAAAGAACCUGACAAUGCUGACAGUUAUCAACAUGUUUGUUAGACAUUAAAGUGUUACACCAGUAGGUGGCAGUCUAAA